GGGGAGGCACUAACAGCUGGGGGGGGAGCAGGAGCAUCUUCCUAUAGGCAGCAGUGUUGGAGACGAGCUUUGAAGGAUGCUCCAGAUUCUCAGAGGCUGAGGGGAGGGGAGAGUGCAUUCUAGGCAGAUGCUCAGCUUUUGCAGAGACAAGGAGGUGGGGGCAUGGAAUGUGGAGUGUGAAGAAGGAAUAGAAGCAAAGCCUGUUUGCGUGGACAGUGAAGGGCAGUUAGACAAGGAGAGCCUCGCUGGUCAGAUAGAGAAUCAAGGCUCCUUUCUCUUAUGCCUUUAUUUCCCUCUGCCUCUACUCACUACCCUCCUCAGAUCAGUUCAACGCUCAGAAGGUUUAGGACGUCAGAAGCAUGACCAUCAGAAUGUUCACGGGAAAGGAGCUUGCAUCAGCCCAGGGUCUGCCUUGGUCUUGAAUGUUCUCAGGGGCACAUGGUCAGGAUGGACUGAGGUCUGAGCCCAUUCGUUCUCAUGUUCUGCCUGGCCCAGAGAUCCUGGAGAUCCUUGGGUCUGGCCUGGGGCCCCCCCUGAUGAAUCUGCCCACCUCGGAGGAAUUGUGAUAUCCCCUUCUGGGAAACUGAGAGUGAAUGUGUGAGGAGGGAUAGGGGGUUCUGGCCUGUCCUGCCUUUACACUCUCCCAGCUGCUCCCUCACUUACACACCUGCUCUCUUGCAGCCACACCCUUAGGUGUUGGGAGGAAAUUGUCGUGAAUCACAGCCACACCAGAGCCCUUUGCCACCCAGACCACUGACUUCCUGAUGAUUUCUGCCCCUCCACCUAGCACAGUAACUGGAACAGAGUCCAGCCUCAGCAUCUCUUCUGGUUAAUCAUUGACAGAGAGACAUGGGAUAUUUCUUAAGAGGAGCAUAUCCUCCGAGUGCCAGAGCAGAGGAGAAGGGACCUCCUUCCAAUUAUUUCUGCACGAGGAAGAAGGGCGUGUGUGAGAGGGAUUCAGGGAAUGAGGGAACACACCAGGGACGAGCUGCCUUGGAGACUGUGAGAGGAGCUGUUUGCUGACUCCUGUGUCCCUGGACGGUUGCUUCCACGGCUGCUGCUGACCCUCUCAGUACUCAAUCAUGUCUCACCCUUCGUGGCUGCCCCCCAAGAGCACCAGUGAAUCCCUUGGUCAUGCCCCUGCUCGGAUGGAGACGACACAUUCAUUUGGGACGCCCAGUAUCUCUGUGUCCAUGCAGCAGACACCCAAGAAAUUUGCUCCAGUGGUCGCCCCCAAGCCCAAAUACAAUCCCUACAAGCCACCUGGUGCUGAAGGUGACUUUCUGCCCCCUCCACCUCCACCUCUGGAUGACAUUGGCAGUCUACCACCUGGCCCUGGCUCCUUCCCCCCACCUCCACCACUCGAUGAAGGUGUUUUCAAUGUGCAGGUGAAUCCUGGGAGCAAGACCCUGGAAGAGCGUCGCUCCAGUUUGGAUGCAGAAAUCGACUCUUUGACCAGCAUCCUGGCAGACCUAGAAUGCAGCUCCCCUUACAAGCCGAGGCCUCAGCAGGGAGCUGCCAUUCCCACAGCCUCACCUCCAGUCUCCACACCUGUCACAGGGCACAAGCGAAUGGUCAUCCCCAACCAGCCACCUCUAACAGCCACGAAGAAGUCCACCUUGAAGCCCCAGCCAGCAGGCCAGCCCUCGCCCAUCCCUGUGGCUCCCAUAGGAAUGCUGAAGCCUCAGCCUCAGCCCCAGCCUCAGCCCGUUCCGGCCUCCUAUACCACUGCAUCCACACCAUCCAGGCCCACGUUCAAUGUCCAUGUCAAGUCGGCGCAGCCUAGCUCUCACUACAUGCCUGCUGUUUCACCUGGACAGUACUACAGCUCGGGAUCGAGCCAUGCAUACCCUCCUCAGGCACCUCCCGCUCCUGGGCCUGCUCAUUAUGCCCCACCACCAUUGCGAGGAGGCCCUGAAUAUGGCUAUGCUCCACCACCUGGACGUCAGCCGGAGUCUGCCUAUGGCUAUGCCCCCAAUCAAGGCCGGUACCAGGAUCCUUAUUACUCAGGCUACGGGGGACGAAAUGGUUCUGAACCAGGUUAUGGCCCACAGAACACCUGGAAAUCCGAGCCAAGUUAUGCUCCUUCUCCAGCUAGUACCCAGAAUCCUGCUGGGAUGUACCAACCCCCAGAGACCAAGAAGACGUACAUCACUGAUUCUGUUUUAGCUCCCCAAGCCACAGCACCCCAGCAGCCGAAGGGUGGCCAUCCAGGUCCUGGGGGCCCUGCUUCUGGCCCGUCCUUCCGCCCAGAGGACGAACUGGAACAUCUCACCAAGAAGAUGCUGUAUGACAUGGAGAAUCCUCCCUCUGAUGAAUACUUUGGCCGCUGUGCCCGCUGUGGUGAGAAUGUUGUUGGUGAAGGCACGGGCUGUACUGCCAUGGACCAAGUCUUUCAUGUGGACUGCUUCACCUGUAUCAUCUGCAGCACCAAGCUCCGUGGGCAGCCCUUCUACGCUGUUGAGAAGAAGGCGUAUUGUGAGCCCUGCUACAUAAACACCCUGGAGCAAUGCAAUGUGUGUGCCAAGCCCAUCAUGGAGCGGAUCCUGCGUGCCACAGGGAAGGCAUAUCAUCCUCACUGCUUUACCUGCGUCAUGUGUCGCCGUAGCUUGGAUGGGAUCCCAUUCACUGUGGAUGCCAGUGGUCACAUCCACUGCAUUGAGGAUUUCCACAAGAAAUUUGCUCCUCGAUGCUCUGUGUGCAAGGAGCCAAUCAUGCCUGCCCCAGGCCAGGAGGAGACUGUCCGUAUCGUGGCCUUGGAUCGGGAUUUCCAUGUUCAGUGCUACCGAUGUGAGGAUUGUGGUGGCCUGCUGUCUGAAGGAGACAAUCAGGGCUGCUACCCAUUGGAUGGACAUAUCCUCUGCAAGACCUGCAACUCAGCCCGCAUCCGCGUCCUGACUGCCAAGGCCAGCACUGACCUCUGAGAAUUGCUGAUGCCCAUUGUAUCUGAUUGGGGGAGGGUGUAGGGAAGGAAGGGUGGGAAGAGGGCAGGGCUUGGGGGGGCAUGUCUCGGAGGGUUCACUUUGCAGUUGAGCAUGGCCCCAUUGUAGGGGUAGAAAGAGCAGGAAAUGAAAGGAGCAGCCACCUUUGCCGGUGGGCCUGUUUUUGACCUUCUUUUUCCUAUCCCCCUCUCCUGGAAAGCACACUGAAUUGGCUUGCUUGUUGGUAGAUCGCACCAGAAGCACAACACAACCCAGGUCACGAGGUUGGGUCCUGGCUGACCUUUCUGUGCAAGGACUUCACUCAAGCACAUGAAUGCUUCUCAUCCAUCCCUUUCACUUCUUCAUUCCUGUAACUUUUCAUUCUUGCAUUUGCCUGACUCGCCUUCUGGUUGAACAGCUUUUUAUAGCCUAGUAUUUUACUGUUGCUGAGGAUUUAUUCAGUGGGGAUGCCAGCUUCUAGGAUAUCGAGUAUGAAUGCACCAGCCCCUUGAGAAAGGGUGCUGGCUUCUCGUAGCUGGUUCUCAGCAAGGCUAGACACUCUGUUUAUGUAUAUAGGAAAUGAUGUGUUUGUGUUUUACUAGAACUCUAAAACCAGUCAUGUGCCUUGAAAGAAAUCACAAAUGAUUUUUCACUAGAGUACAAAGAAUGUAACUAAUAUAUUACAUAGCCAAAGCCUGGUUUGGGUAUGACCUCUGGCAUCCAUCAGGCUAAAGCUGUAGUGGUCAUUGACUAGGCCGUUUAAAAUGGCCAGAGAGCCAGUCCAGCUGGUCCAGCACUACCUGGGUUUUCUCACAGAUUUUCAGUGGUUGAUAGAUGUCUCAAGGGAAUUGACAUAGCUUCCCUGAUUUCCCAAAAAGAAAUCGAGCAUCUCACUGCAAAAUGGAGACAGGAGACCCAAAGGGCUUUCAGAUAGUUUGAGCUAGGUUUGUGUUACACCUUAGCAUUCUUUUUUUACCCCCAAUUAGGACAGUCCUGUUUAUCCACAAUACCCUUUCCAAGACAGCCUAGGGGAAUUUAACUCUUCCCACACUGAACCUUUCAUCUAGAGAAAUGCCACCAUUCCCCCUCCUCCACAACCAUCUACAAUGAACCACAUCGGCCUCCUCUCAAGGCCACAAGGCAUUUUCUGGCAUCCUAAAUUUGCUCUGAUAAUUGCAAACCAGGACUCCAAAUGGUUGUCAAAUGUGGGUUGAUCAAUUUCAAUAAGAAAAGAAAGAGCAAGCGAGAGCAUUAACUUUCUAUGAGGGUAGUCUUAGCUUUCAUUAAAAACUCAUUUUUAUCCA